GAUAUAGAACAUUCUUUGUCCUUCCUUUCAUCUUCUUCUUUCUCUGCAAAUUAUUUUAUUUAACUUGGUAUCAGAGUCAUUUCUCUUUCUCUAUCCUAUGGCCUCUGAAACAUCCUCAUCUGAGAUUUCAUCUUCUCAAGCUACCCAAAUUUCUAAUUCUACUUCUUCUGCAAAUCCAUCCCAAUUACCCAGUUUAAUCACCGUCAUUCCUAUUGUAAACCCUCAGCUAUCUAUUAAGCUAGAUGAUGACAAUUUUCUAUUGUGGAAGAACCAAAUGCUCAACAGUAUCAUCGCUCAUGGCUUCGAUGAUUUCAUUGACAGAUUUCGACCUUGUCCUCCAAGAUUUCUUGCGAACCAACCUGGUGAAGUGAACCCAGAUUACACAGUUUGGCAGAGGACCUCCAUUCCAAGCAAAUUCUGCUCCAGGGCAAUCUUGAUAAAGGUCUCUAUAAAGCCAUUGCAAAUUCCACCCUCACUGAUGCAAUGGCUACCCCUCCAGUCAGUUUUCUCUCUAAUUCCACCAAUACUUCCAAGCUCACCAGCUUAUGGCACAACCGCUUAGGACAUCUAGCUUCUCUUAUUGUCAACAAAGUGUUACAACAUUGUAAUCAAAAGAGUUUUCCAGUGUCUAGUUUUAAAUUUUGUAAUUCUUGUCAAUUUGGCAAAAGUCAUAGGUUACCAUUUACUCAAUCCACUUCUAGAGCUCAAAGGCCCUUUGAACUACUUCAUACAAAUUUAUGGGGUACGUCUCCUGUAAUUUCAGUUACCAGGAUGAAAUAUUUUAUCCUUUUUGUGGAUGAUUACUCACGGUUUUUUUUUGGAUUUAUUUCCUCAAAGUCAAAAGUGAUGCUUUUCCUACCUUUCUUAAAUUCAAAGCUCUUGUGGAAACUCAGUUUAAUGCCAAAAUAAAAGCAACUCAAACUGAUGGUGGUGGUGAAUAUGCUCCCUUAACUCCAUUUCUUACCAACUUGGGCAUUUUUCAUCGGUUAUCUUGUCUUAUCACGUCUGAACAAAAUGGCCGUGUGGAGAGAAAACACAGGCAUGUUGUUGAGCUUGGUUUGUCCAUGAUGUCUCUAUCAUCUUCGCCUUUCAAAUACUGGACUUAUGCUUUUCAUACUACUGUGUACCUCAUAAAUAGACUUCCAACAGUAAUUCAUUCCUACAAAUCUCCAUUUGAACUGUUGUACAACAAACUUCCCUCAUACUCUCUCUUAAAAGUCUUCAGUUGUUCUUGUUUCCCUUGCCUUCGCCCUUAUAAUAAGCAUAAACUUGAAUACAGAUCUCAAGAAUGUAUCUUCCUUGGCUAUAGCUCUCAGCACAAAUGCUACAUUUGCCUAAGCAAAGCCAUUGGCCGAAUCUACAUCUCACGUCAUGUUGUCUUUAAUGAGUUUUCAUUCCCUUUUUCUCAAUUUGCUCCCUCUUUCUCCAAUUCUAUGUUAACACCAGUCUCUAUAAUUCAUCCCACGACAUUACCUCCUACCUCACCUUCUAAAUCUAUCCUCUCCAACUCCAACCCAACACCCUCUAAUUCUUUUCCAUCCCCUUCCUCCACUAGUUCUACCUUAGAAUCUCAACCUAGUCAUGUGAUUCCACAAGACUACCACUAUUUCUGUGAUUAAUGAUGUUGCAGGUACUAUGCAUGACACAAAUACACCAUUUUCUCCUUCCUCUCCACCUCUUCCCCCACAAAAACCAUCUACACAACCAAAACCUACUACCAACACACACCCCAUGCAAACACGUCUCAAAGAUGGCAUUGUCAAGCCCAAAAUUUAUUUCUCCACCACUCAUGUUGACCCUGUCUAUGAACCUUCGA